AACCGAACAGGUAGACUAAGGUGUGGACGCCGAAUGGGCGGAGUUAUGUUUGAAUGUCGUAGAUUAAAUGUUACUCGUUACAAUGUUGUAGUAGUAUAAAUUUUCCGUAUUAUUUACCUUCGGCAACUAAUAUCUCAGUUUUUUUCGUUGUUGAUGGUCAUUUUGUAUUUUAAGUUAGACCAAACCCCAGUAAUAUUAUAAGUGUUUAUUUGGAAAUGACGAAUUUAAAUUUGUGGUACGUUAUUAUUUGUUUUUUUAUCAUCUCAACAUCAGUUUUUGCUCUAGAGUGCUAUGUUUGCACUAAUCAAGAAAACAAUGAAGACAAGUGUGUGAAAACAAUAAAAACAUGUGAACCAAUGGAAGAGAGGUGCCUCUCUGAAGUUAAGUGGGGAAGUACUCCUUACUGGGCACCAUCUGGAGAGAAACAGUUCUAUAUCACCAAAAGAUGUGCUACAGGAGAUAUAUGUGAGGAAUUUGACAGAAAUAUCAGCAAACGCUGUGACAAAAUAUGGUAUAAUGACUGGGAGUGUGCAGAGUGCUGUCACGGUGACCGUUGUAAUUAUUAUGUAACCCUAGCUGGCAUUUGUGAGAAAGGAAGCUUCUUGAUUGUCACCAUCUCUGCUGUUCUUGUAUUUGUUUCAACACAACUUCUUUGAUCACUUACACAAGUAUUGCUUUCUGCUUCUUGUGAGGCUGUCUUUUAAAGAAGGACUUUUCCUGAAGAAUCUCAUCAUAAUAUCAAAGGCAACACACAGUGAACAAUGUUAUCAUAAAGAUUGGCUGUUUUCUUUUUUUUUUCUCUCUUAUUCUUUUUGUUUUGUAGUAGAAUUAGCUGAAAAGUUUAUAGAAAGAAAUUCAUCAUUGUGCAGGUUUAAUAAAUGAACAUAGUGCAUAGUAGUAAGUUUCUUUCUGAUAUUACAAAUGCUGUAAAGUUUCCAUACUUCCAGAAACUCGUUUUACAGGUAUAUGAGGCAAAAUAAUAGUGCUUUUGUAGCACUAAAUAUAUAUAAAUGGUAUAUAUAUUAGGAUUUUUGUUCAUUGUCAUCAAAUUAUAAGUUGUUUCCUUUACUUUGUAAAAUGAAAAAAAAAAAUUGUUGGUCAUUUGUGGCUAUAAUUAAUAAAGUCCAUUGCUAAAAAAUUAGGAAAGCUCCUAUUGAUUUCUACUAAAAUAGUGUCCCCUCCCUCAUACCUCAUAUUUUUUUUGAGAUGUUAUGUUUCUAUGAUGCAUGUGGUGUUUUCUUUUAAGAUGUAAACUUAAAUGUUUUUGAUACUGUUAACAGUUAAGUGUUAGAUUGUUUAAGUAUGAAAGUUUGCAUUGAAACAAAAAUCAUUUGUACAUUGUAGAUUUUGUAUUUAUUACAUUUUUAGUUUGCUUUGAAAGUUAAUAUAAAGAUUUAUAUAAUUUUGAUGUUAAGAUAAUAAUUUCUUUAUAAUACAUGAAUAAUAUACAAACUAAAUUUUCAGAGUUAUGUCACUGUUCAUGGAGAAUUUAGAAUCUCGGGAGUUAUCAUAACUUUAAUAUGUUGGUAUGUUUUCAUAUAGUGUACAACUUACUCCUCCCCAGUAUAAGUUGGUUUUCUUUUGUUAUUGUUAAUUUGUCUGCAUAUAUUGCAAAAUGUUUCAGUAAUUGUCUAGAUAUGUUAUGAUUACACUUCUGUGAUUGGUAUAGUAUCUUAUAAGAUUACUUAUUUAUGAAUUAAUGAUUUUAUUUUACUUUUAAUUUUCCUUUAUCCUAUACAAUAAGAAUAUGUACUGAUUUAUUUCAGAAUAAUAUAUACAGCUCAUAAAACUUGAGUUUCAGAAAACUAAGCUGGUAUUUCAAAUUUGAACCACACAUUUUAGGUAAUUUUAUUUUUAUAACUCUCGCAAUAAUUAUUGAAAGAUAAAACUUUACUCUUACUACAAAAUAUGUGAAAACAUUAGGAAACUUUAAGAGAGAAUUUUUCAUAUCUGAGUUUUACUCUCAAUUUCUACAUGAUAGAUUGGUUUGAAAUAUUGACUUGGUAGACAUUCUUUCUGAUUUAUCAGGGUUUUUAUUGAUCAUGGAAUUGCAGAAAGUACUUUUAUUUUGCUAUAAACCAUGGAUUAGUAUAGAGAAUGUUAUCAGAGGAAAAGUUUACACCCUGAAAUGUAUUAAUGAAUGGACAGGCAAAAUGGUACUUCAACUUUUUUCUUUUCUUCAGCAGUAAUUUACAAACUUUGAUGAACUACUGAGAACAUUCUUUGUGUAUGUAUAAUAAUGUCUUGCUAAAAUUUUUCCCUCUUCCCUUGAAGGGCACUUAUUUUUUAAUUUUAGUUAAGUCUCAAUAUAGUACAGUACUCCUGUCACAAGAUUUAUUAGAGUAGGGUGUCUCAGAUGAUAUUUGUCUAAACUCUGCGUGGAUGUUAGGUGUAUAAUUGAAAACAAUGUAAACCAAGAACCAGACAUAUCAUUAAACAUUCAUAUCAGUAGCAUUAGAACUACAGUUCUGCACUGUUUUAUGCACCUUUAUAACUUUGUUAAUGUUUAAAUAACUUAGAAUGCAAGAAUGUGAAACUGCACAGUUGCGUGUGUGUGUGUAUAUAUAAAUAUAUUGACACCAGAGGGUUUUGUGAUGCACAUCUACUGCUUUGUUAGGACUUUUGAUAGAAAAGCUUUAGUGUUUACAUAUUCUAAGAUGCAAUGUAUCACUAGUUAACAAAAAGUUCUUAAGUAUUAUUGUCUUCAAAUAUUUGUUUACUCGGCCUUGUAAAGUACAUGUACAAUAUUUACCUUAGCUACCACUCUUGUGAAAUACACAUUUGUAAUUACAGUCCAGGUGUCUAAAUUUGACUUUAAUUUGUUUCCAUCUAGAGGGUUACCUAAUACUAAUUAAAAUUAUUCAACAGUUAAAACUUUGUGGCAAUAGGUGAUAACGAUAAAGUUAAAUGCUGUUCAACUGAGUGUCAUUUAGGGAAAGUGUAAAACAGCAAAUGUUAGCACAAAAAAGAAUAGAGCAUCUGAGACUCUAAAGGUUUUUAAUUUUGAAAUCAUUAAGAUUUAGCUUCAGAUUUAUAAGAGGAAAUAUUUCUACUCUCCAAUAUGAACUUUAAUACACCUCACUUGAAGGGCAACAUGGUAUUUAUUCUUUAUUGAAGGGCAACAUGGUAUUUAUUCUUUAUGUUAAUCAGGCUGACUGGCUUUUUUUAACUAAUGUUUUGCAAAGUAAUAGAAAAACCAUAAUAUUAGGUUUUUGUAGUGUUUGUAAAAGCUAUUUAUGUCAUGUUGAAAUUGUUAUAAAUUGCAAAUGGUGUAAGGCAUGACUUGGUUUAGUUCUCCAAGAGCUCCUAUGUAUUAUUAUUUUGUGGAAUAUUUAUAUUCACAGAAUAGUUAAUAUGCAUGAUUCAUUUGUUUUCUGGUGACUGACUGAUUAAGAAGAAAAAGAAGGAUGAAUUGGCUUGUACUGUCCACAUUGUGGUUUCAUUAGUAUGAGAAAGUAAAUCUAAAUAAUCUUAAAGCAAUAUUAUAAGAAGGACAAAAACAGAGGAUGAAUAUUUUGAGUAUGGUAUUUAUGCGUUUAACAGUACUGUGAAAUUCAGUAGCACCCAUAUACUUUGAGAAUCAACAGAAAACAUACAUCUAGAUUUACUGUAAAAAUCCGCAGAGAACCUCUGUAUUAUAUUACUUUAACAUUCACCAGAAAACCUAUAUGUAGAUACGUUGUCAGUGGGAAACCUGUGUCUGACAUUAAGGAGAAAACUAACACUUAUCAAUGUUGUGAAAUUAAGUAUGAAUUCUGUCUAGAUGUAUUGUUGAAAUUCAACAGAAAUUCUAUUGCCAUUAUUUCUUUGUAGGUCUGCUUUAUAGUUGUAUUCCAUAUCAAAGCUCAUGAACAUAUCAAUUUCUUAAUGCAAGCAAUCAGGUUUAUUUGUUUAAUUAAUACUUGAAACAGUUAGUCUAUGUGAAACUCCAUAACUGCAGUAUUGAGGAAAAUAAACAUAAUUGUACAUUUCACAAAUAUUUAAUUUAUUACAAGCAUGGUUUCAUUAGUAUUUGAUGAUGCCUUUACUAGUGAAACCAAAGUUUUGAUAAAUGAAAUAUUUGUGAAAUGUACAAUUGUCUUUGUUUUCCCCACUUCUUGUAUUAUGUUUCGAAUUGUUGUGUUUACCACAGUAAAUUAUGCUGUGCAAAUGUAGUUUCAGAAACAUACUACUGACAAAUCAGAAUUCCAAGUGGAACAACUUGAGUGUAAUAACUUUUGAUGUACAUAUUUGUGAUAUGUUUUGGUAAUGUGUCUGUCAGAUAUCUGUUAUUUUGGGAAACACUGAGAAAGGGUUGUGGGCUAAUAUUUUUUAGGUGUGUGUGUGUGAGUGACUUGUUAAAAAGUACAAUUUAAAAUACCCUAGUGUGACAUUACUAAACCUUGUUAGUGCUUUUAAUAAUCAGAAAUAACAUAUCCCAAAAUUAAAAACAGUGACUGUAUAUAGAUUUGGCUCACAUUUUGAAUUUUAACUGAACAAAUAAUAUGCUUAUGUUUGUAUGUACAAAAUGUUAUUUAAUGUGAAGUGUUUGUGUUCUCAUAUAGUACUAAAGUUUACAAGUCUUAUUUUAUAGUUUUUUUAUCUUUCACUAAAAUUAAUUGUGCAAAACACUUUGCUUCAGAGUUAGAAUAAUUUUGAUUUUCCUCAAUUUUCUGACAAAGUUAUUACUUUUUGUCUUUAGUUAGUGGUGAUUGUUUGUAUUCUUUUUUAAAGCUCUUUUGAAGGUUUUGAAUAAGGUACAUGAUGUUGGAAACAUGAAUAAAUUUCACUAGCAAAGAUUUUAUAUGCUAAAUAUAUUGAUUGCAAUAGAAAUAAUUACAAAUGUGCCUUGUGUGGUAACAAUAUAGAAGUAGCAAAUAAUUUGCAAAUGAUCCUUUGGUUUAAUGAAAGAAAGAAAUUCUUAUUUCAUAAAACUUAUACCUAAUUCUUGACCUCUUGUACAGAUUAUUCCAAAUUUCUUGCCCAAUUCUGCCUUUUAAUACAUUGCCUUGAAGGAAACUUUUGUAUUUUGUGGCUAAAACCUGUGGAUGUGAUUUGUGAAUUUCAGUAUUUGCUUUUAGAUAUUUCUUAUGUGGGUGAAUAUUUUGGUUAAUGGGAAAGCAUAAUUAAGGUAUACCAGUUUUUUUAAAGUAAGUAAUCAAAUCUCGUGUAUUUAUGAUGUAUUUCACAAUAUU